GGUGUCCAGGGCUACAACAAAAGUGUGUGCAGUUGGGGGUACUCGAGGACCGGAGUUGGGAACCACUGGUGUAGACCAUCUAUUGACAUUAAUUUGGUUAACUGACCUAAACGGUUUGAAAGGUCAGAUGCAGUGAUUUAUGAUCAGGAAUACGCAGCAUUUGUCCUCACUUAUUUCCACCCAAGAGCAGUAUUCAUUUUCAUGUGAAGCGAGAAUUUGGUAAAAGGUUUGACCCCCCCAUUAUAUUGCCAUAGUGAGAUGUAGAAGAAUAGUCUACAUUUAUCAAGCCAUCACGGUGUGGAGCUAAAAUGUUUGUUGAGACGCAUGAUAUUAUAGCACUGGUUCACAACAGCGGCUUUCUAAUGAUCUCUUUAUCUACUUUGUGUGUAUAUCAAGUGUUAACAUUCAAUACAGUAAGUCAUUAUUAUUCUAAUGAAAUCAUCGGGAUCCUGUUACGGGAUAGAUUUUAGCUCACAGCUGGGUAAAUAUGACAUUUAGUCCCAAACAAAGUUAUUUUUGUCUAUCUCUUCAUGUGUGGUCUGUUAGAAUUCUGAAUUAGGACAGUCUUAACUUCUCACUGUGGGAGGUUGGACCUGAGGAAACAUUCUGUAUUGACCUUAGACGUUUGGUGGUGACCAGUGAAUAAUGUGUUGCUCCAGUAUAGACAAACGAAACAGAUUUAGAAAAAUAAUUAUCUUAUAUUUUGAUGUGGAGCGUUAUUACAUUUGAUUGUUAUUAAUGUUUUAAUGAGGUGAAACUGUAGCUAUUUAUCUCACAAUACCAAUUUUUUGGUGUAAUCUGAAAUACAUGGAAUAAUAUAAUAUAAAAAACAUUUUACAUUAAAAACCUUUGGGGGAAAAUGGGAACACUCUUAAACAGUACUUUUUGUACAGUUAGAAUAGAAUAUUUGUCACUGAGAAUGGGGUUGGAGGGUGGCCUGAAGGUGUCACCAUGUUGGUCAUCUAAUCGCUCACAAAAAACAAUGACAAUUCACCACAUAGUAACCAGUGACAUAAUUUCCCCUCAGUGACUGUACUAAAAAACACCUUUAUUCACAGUGGCAAACGACACAAUAAGGGUUUAAAAAUUCCAGUAACUUUCCCAAAAUCAUGAGAGAAUAAUCCAAGAUUCUUUCAGUCAAAAUUUAUGGAAAGAUUAGGGGAUAUUGGGAAAGUUACCAGGAUUUUGUAGUCAUUUGCCUGUGAGUCAGGAUGUUUUCACACAGACUCCCACAGACAGACAGACAAGACAUGAGACAAACAAGCCAAGACAAGACAGACAGCGUUAUGACUGCUAUUGUGCUGAAUGUAUUUGUAGUAGUUUAACAAACCACAGUAUGUCUUAUGGUAAAAAGUUGUUGUUUUCCUUUUUCUUUGUUCUCUGUCCAAACACGCUGCUGUGAGAAUCCACUGUGAAAUGUCAGAUUAUUGCAUUUCUCACCUCUAAUUCCCUGUGACUAAUUCUUGCAAACUUGCUUGAUUGCAUUAAGCAGUGCUGUUGCUAUCAGUGAAUGAAGCAGCUUGAAUUAAUUUACCUCCUAGAUUAACCGCAUGUGUGUGGAAAAAAUAAGUUGUCAAAUCUUCUGUCCACUCCAAAGCAUUGCUUCAUCUCCAGCCCUGUGGUUACAUCAGAGACCAGCUAGGAGGAAAGUUGCUCUCUUCGUGAGAGAGAUAAGGCUGUACUUGGAUUACCUUUGCAUGGGAAACAUCAGUGAAUCAACCCCUUUGAUCUAGCAGACAUUCUGCUUUAAACAGGCUGUUUGUAUGUGUGGAGAGAUCAACAUGAGCACGGUAGUGGUCAUCUAUCUGCCAGAUACUCUGGGUAUGUGUGUAUGUGCCUGUGUGAAUCGAUAUGUAGACAUAUUUUGCAUUAAGCUUUAGCCAAUUGAAAAUUCUCAACGUAGUGUCAGGUGAUAGAAGGCUACACUGUAGCUGGUCUCAACCAGAUAAUGUUGUAGGGAUUAUUUCCUGUAACAUAUUUCACAACAGACUAUCAAAGACUUAAAUGUUUUCACAAACCAAUGGCAUUUCCUAAAAAAGAAACUGGUCCAACAGGCAUGGUUAAUCGGUUCAGAGUGUCAGAUAAUCCACAGUGACUCUGGGUCAGAUGGAGUCUCCAGGAUGUCCGGGAGGAUCCCAAAGUAACUGCAGGCUCUGCGAUAAAAAUAAAGAGAACCUUUUUGCGGGAGAUGUGUGCAAGGUUGCAGCCAAAAAGAGGAAAAAGGACUUCUACAACAAAAACACCAAAUCACAGUUUGUUUACCAGGAGAAGUGGAUCUAUGUUCAGAAGGAGAGCACAAGAGAGAGACAUGGAUACUGCACGCUAGGAGAGGCCUUCAACCGUCUAGAUUUUUCCAGUGCCAUUCAAGACAUCCAGAGAUUUAACUACGUGGCAAAACUCCUACAACUAAUAGCCAAGUCUCAGCUGCCGUCUCUGAGUGGAGCGGCUCAGAAGAACUACUUCAACAUACUGGAGAAGAUCGUACGGAAGGUUCUGGAAGAUCAACAUAACCCUCGCCUUAUUAAGGACCUGCUGCAGGACCUGAGCUCCACCUUGUGCGCCCUGACCAGGAGCAUGGGCAAGUCUGUCCUAGUAGGCAACAUCAACAUCUGGGUCUUCAGGCUGGAGACAAUCCUCAACUGGCAACAGCAGCUCAACAAUCUGCAGAUACCCAAGCAACUGUCCAACGGGGUGACGCUGCGGGACCUGCCACUAGACAUGCAGAACAACAUCCUGUACAAGUUCUCAGAUGCAUGUGAUAUCAUCAACCUGGGACAGACCACGCCCACACUGCACAUGCUCAGUGAGGACCGCCACCUGUGGAAGAAGCUAUGCCAGUUUCACUUUGCAGAGAAACAGUUCUGUAGGCAUCUGAUCUUGUCAGAGAGAGGCCAUGUUGACUGGAAGCUCAUGUACUUCACCCUGCAGAAGUACUACCCCAAGAGAGAGCAAUACGGAGACACACUUCAUUUCUGCAGACACUGUAGCAUCCUCUUCUGGAAGGACCGCCACCUGGCCUUAUUUGAGGAUUCUGGACAUCCUUGCACAGCCAAUGAUCCAGACACAUGCCUCAUGCCUGUGUCUCCUCAGCACUUCAUAGACCUCUUCAAAUUCUAGACUUCCUUUUGAUACUCCACAGGGUGACUUUUACACUCUCCCCUUUUGUACUUUGAGUGUAUUGUGUUUGAGGGGAAAAGAAUGAAAGGGCUCAGAGGAAGAACACCUGUUUUUGUAAAUCUUUUGUAAUUUUUUGAGUGUUGUAGAUGGUACAUGACUUUGGGUUGCAGAUUUAGCAGAUUCUCUUAUCUAGUGAGGGCAUACAGUUUUGUCAUAAUGCGCCACAAUCCUGGUUUUGUUAGCACCGUGCUGUACUGAGCUACACAGGACUGUAAUGUGUGUGGUAAAAGAUGUCUGAGUCAUUGAUGGACACAAAAAAGUCUCAUCGUUGAUGCCUUUAUACAUUUGCCUACUGUUGUUUGUUGCGUUGUAACAAAAUGCAUGUCAAAUGUAGUUGUAGACGUACGUAAACGGAGAGACCUAUCUGUGCAUUUUUGUGUUUAUUUAAAGGCAACGCUAAACACUAAUGUACAUGUUUGCCAUCAUAAUUUCUUUUUACAGUUAUGUGGAAUGAAGAAAAAGGUUACAUGACUAUUUAUGGGAGAAAUUAAUUUUGUACCCUUUUAUUUCUUUCAAUUUUGUAUUUGAUAUACUUCAGUCAGCAGUUAUUGCUGGUACCAUCAUGAAUGUCCUGGGACAGUGGCUGACUAUAAAAUCAUUAAAUGUUUUUAAAAGACUUU